AUGGUGCUGGAGCUCACUACGGUGCACCUGGUGCUGGUCUCUACAAAUACGGUCCCGCCCCCCCUCGCUCACGACGGCCGUGUGAUCGACACCCCCGAGGUAGCCCACCUUAAGGCAGCUCACAUUGCCGCCCUCAACAGCGCUCACGCUAAUGUCGCCCACGCUCCCGCUGCCUACGCCAGCGCUCCCGCUGCCUACGCCGGCGCUGGCGCAGGCUAUGGAGCCGGAUACGGUGCAGGUUACGGAGCUGGCUACGGAGCUGGUUACGGCAAAUGGAACGGUCCUCUUGCACAGAUUCAACUUACCCACGACGGCCAAUACGUCGUUGACACGCCCGAAGUACAACACGCGCGUUCCGCCCACUUCCACCAAUUUGCCGCCGCCGCCCAAGCCGCGGCUUCCUCUCCCGAAGAACCCUGGGGUGCGCACGGCGCUCAGGGACACGGCUGGCAUUAA